GGGCAAUGGGGCCAAAGAAGAGGAGAAGGCAAGAGAGACCACGAGAAAUGGACCAAGACCACCCUCCCCAAAGCCAGAUGCCAAAAGACAACUUGAGUGAAGCAGCAGACACAGUAACAUCUCAAACUACGACUCCGCAUCCUUCAGAUCCAACAUGUGAACCCACCGCUGGGCUGCCCACUGUUACUGCCAGGCCUCGGCGGCCCCAGAGAAGUGCCAGAGUCGAAGGGUCCGUUGACGUAUGCGAACCCAAAGCUGAGCCCACACGAGGCGAUAACCAGGGUGAAUGCAAUCCAGAUGGCGCCGUGGCAAGUCAUGCAAAAGCUGCUUCCAGCCCACCUGCCAGGCCCUCAGGGGACCGGCCCGGUACCCACUUCAAAGCCGGCCCAAAAGGUCCGGGGCACCACGCGGUCCGGGCUGCCUCAGUGCCCUACCCGCCUUUAAGCAAGGCUGUACCCUCUCACCUGAACCCUCACGCCCAGAGAGCUCUGUCUGUUGCAGGCACAGCCGACACUCAGGCCCAGACUGUCGAAGAUUUCAGGGUGCACAUCAUCACUUGGAACGUGGGGUCAGCCACGCCCCCUGAUGACAUCACCUCCUUGCUGGGCUUGAAUAUAGGUGAUGGGAACACCGACAUGUACAUCAUCGGGCUGCAGGAAGUCAACUCUAUGAUUAACAAGCGACUGAAAGAUGUCCUCUUCACGGACCAGUGGAGCGAGGUCUGCAUGGAGAGACUCAGCCCCUUUGGAUACGUGCUGGUGACCUCCCAGAGGAUGCAGGGCGUGUUGCUGCUGGUUUUUGCCAAGUACUACCAUCUGCCAUUCCUCCGUGGAGUCCAGACGGAGACCACCCGCACUGGCCUGGGGGGUUACUGGGGAAACAAAGGUGGAGUCAGCGCCCGCAUGUCAGUGUUCGGUCACACUCUCUGCUUCCUCAACUGCCACCUGCCGGCUCACAUGGAAAACUCGGAUCAGCGUAUGGAGGACUUUGAGAGCAUCCUUCAACAACAGCAGUUUGAGGGCCAGGCGGCCUCAGGUGUCCUUGACCACGAUGUGGUGUUCUGGCUCGGGGAUCUCAAUUUCCGCAUUGAUGACCUGGAAAUGCAAGUGGUAAAAACGGCAAUUGACAAUAACAAGCUGUCCAUCUUGUGGGAAAAAGAUCAGUUAAACAUGGCAAAGGAUAGUGAGACGGUGCUGGAGGGAUUCCAAGAGGGGCCCCUGAAGUUCCCCCCCACUUACAAGUUUGAUGUUGGGACAAACAUUUACGACACAAGUGGAAAGAAACGUAAACCAGCUUGGACCGACCGUAUCCUCUGGCGCCUGAGAGCCACGGUACCUGCUGCCAGCAGCGGGAAGCGUGGUUCUGUUUCAGGGCUAACCAGCGGCGCCAAAGUAACGCAGCAUUGCUACAGAAGUCACAUGGAAUACGACGUCAGCGACCACAAGCCGGUCUCUUCCAUCUUUACCUUGCAGUUCCCAUACAAGUUGGAUGUUCCCCUGGUCACAGUUUUGGUAGAGGAUGAGUGGAAUAGCAUUGCUGAUGCUAUAGCCAAGUUCAAACUGGCACCCAACUAUUCUCGCAGCUCCUGGGACUGGAUCGGACUAUAUAAGGUGGGUUUCAAACAUCACAAAGACUAUGUGGGAUACGUGUGGGCCAAACAGGAAGAAGGAGAUUAUCAUAGACAAGAACAUCAGGUAACCUUUACAGAAGAGGAACUGCCCAAAGGCGCGGGAGAUUUUAUCUUGGGUUACUAUAGCAACAACAUGAGUACCAUUGUGGGCGUAACGGAGCCAUUUCAGAUCCAGCUUCCCACAUCCGGCAAUGAUACCAGCUCUUCAGACAGCUCCGACUUCAGCUCCGAGGAGGACAGCACUGUCGUCCUCAUGAAGUCGAGGUCCCGCAGUCCCAGUCCCCACAGAGUCAAGCACCACCGCCGUCGCAGCGGCAGCCACAGCCGCUCCGGAAGUCCCAAGCAAGACAAAACGAAGGAGCUCACUGCCACUGACGAAGCGCCAUCUGUGACCACGUCAGACGCAGAGUCUGUAAAAUGCCCAGCAGAGGGCAACCAACCCCCUGCUUCUGAGGAGGACAACAAACAGAGAGAGGAGACUGGAGUGUGAUGUUUUCUCACGGCUGAAAAGUGAAAAGUGUGAGUCAUUUAUUUGAUAGUAACCAUAUUCGAAGUGUGUUUUCAUGAAACUGUGCAGUUUGGGACGCAAUCCUUCUCAGGAACAAAUGUCAAGUUCCUCAAGAGGGUUUGUUUUGCCUUGAGUUUUUAUUCCAAAAUAUUUCAAUCUGUCCUGCAUUUUCUCAGUUUUGUUCCAUCCUUUAGUGUGGGCCACGCAUAAUUGUAGUUUUUCCCAAAUGAUAUAUCUUAUAGGCAUUUGCUCACCUUGUGUAGGUCAAGGUCGUUUGCUCGCCGCCUUGUUGGGCAAUGAAUGCAUUUAGGUGUGGAUGAUGAUGACCAUGCGGAGGAUGUGAUCUGGCUCAGGUUACGUAAAGCGUUUUCAUUUGUUGGAUAUAACACAGCAUGCAUACUGUAGCAUAAUCGAGUAUUAUGAGAAAGACCCAUCCAGCUUACCCACUGUCAUUUGCCCCUUGACGCCAAUUAAUCGUACGUGGGGGAAAAAUGUCACCAAGCGGUCAUGACAGCCAGAUCAGAUCUGCACUAAAUACAAACAAUCUCAGAAACUAAAACAAAAUUGUUGUAUGGUGGGCUUUAGGAGGCCUCUCCUACUCGCCAUAUCAGCAACGUUGCACAUGUUCGUGCAGAGAGUGAACGUGAGCAUUAAGGGCCUUUAAAUAGACCCCCGAUUGAGUGCAGUGAGAUGUGUGGCGUCCUGUGGGAGGAUCACUGUCAGCUGACACAGCACAGCUGUCCUGCACGAACUGCUUUUUAUUGGCUGCAGGGCAGCUGAUAUUGUCAAGGUAAUUAGGAUGACAAUAACAACAGCAAAAAUCAGAUUCCCGUCGUUGGAACAAAUUAGCAAAAAACAAAUCAGCAGAAAUACUUUUCCUAUGAUAACCAUUACCAAUUCGGAACAGUUGCAUGACUUCUGGAAAUGAAACAGAUAACUCUACCAUGUAGAGCGGCUACAGGGUUUUGCAAUUGCAACGGGAAACAAAAUGUCACACAUUAUCAUAAAACAUCUCAAAUUCCCCUGGGAUAUUUCAUAAAAAUACAUGCUUGGUCCAGUUUCAUUUCAUUUCCUGUAUCUUUAGUUUUAUCUCCAAUGACUGCGUUCACUGACCCUAGUGAUUGAUUAAUUGACAGCGCAGUUGUCGUGUGACCUCCGAUAACCUGUCUAGCACACUUUGACCCUUUUGAACUCUUAGAGUAGGACGGUAUUGUGUAGCUGUUACCUCAGUGUGUAUGUCUAAGAUUCGGUGUGUGUGUGUGUGUGUGUGUGUGUGUGUGUGUGUGUGUGUGUGUGUGUGUUUCUGAAUGCUGUUUGCUAUGACUGUGUUUGCAUGUGGACAUACUGUACAUUCCGGUACUGUGAUUUUUGUGCCGUCAAGUGCUGUUUUGGACUCUUUGUCGUUUGUGAAAGUCGUUAGAAAAUUAGAAAAGAUCUGACGGUUGAAAAUGUAUCCGCCGUGUAAGUGUUAGGUGAAGAAAACUACAAGGAUAGGUACGCCUGCCUAAUUGUGAAGCCUUUGAAUGACUUCAAAGUGUAACACUGUAUUAAUUUAUGUGAAAAUAAAGCGAGUAUAGCAUAAUGGACCUUUGUUUAUAGUAAGAUGUAAAAUUUUAAGAAUAAGAAUGUGAGAUGAAUUUAGAACAAUAUUUUCCGUCAUGAACAGUGACUCGUGAAAAAUGUCUAUCUGCAGAAUGUCAUUGUUUUACUAUGUGUCUGAAAUAGAGUAAUAUGUAUAUGAAUGAUCAAAAUGAAGUAUGAUAUCAAAAUAGCUGACAAUCUAUGCCACAAAGUUUAUUUUUCUUUAAAUUAUUUAUUUAUUUUCGUAUUUGGAAAUGCUAUAUGUGUAACCAUUAUUGUAACCUGACUUCUGCUGGCCAGUGAUGGAGUACUAUUUCAGUCGGGUACAGGGGAAAUCCUUGAAAACUGUUUUUCUUUUCUUUAUGUUAUGAGCUUGAUUUCUCAAGUUGCUUUUAAAAAAAAUAAAUAUAAAAAAAAGUUUGC